GCAGCAGCCAACAACCAGCCAACAGCCAGCAGCCACUCCUCUCAGCCUCCGUUGAUACUUACUCGCGCGUGUAUCUCGUCAGUCGGCUCGGAGCCACGUGCGUGUGCUCGAGAGUGGCUCUCGUCGUGUCGUUCGAGGCUUCCACGAGGCUUCUCGACCCUCUCUCCUCCUUUUCUUUAUUUUCUUUUUUUUCUUCCUUUCUUUCUUCCUUUCUUUCUUUCUUUCUUUCUUCUUUCUUUUCUUUUUUUUUUUUUUCAUUUUCCCUUCAUCAUCCGCCGUCCCUCUUUUUCUCUUUUUCUCACAGUUACACUCCGCUACUCCUCUUUAAAACAUCGUGUGUGCCUCGACGAACGAUCUCGUCUUUUUCUUCCUAUUUUUAUCCUUUCCACCAUCAACGAUCAGUGACUUUCAACGGAUCAAGGAGAACGUCAACGAUCCCCAUUGAGGAUUCCCGCGUUUCUCUUAAAGAACGAAAGAAAGUGUAAGGAUUCAGAAAAUUUGGUGAAAACCACUGUGGAUAAAAGAUUCAGUCCGAGACCCGACGAGACAGAUGGUGUUGGUCGAAGGGACUAAAAAUAUCAUUCGGUUCCGCGGUAGCAACCGUUUCUACGCGAAUGGAAGGAUUACGUUCAGGAAGUAACGAAUACGUCGAGUCGACGAAAUUGAAUGACUUAAAUCUCGUCGCAUGAAAAAUUGUUUCAUUUUAUUCGACGGUAAAAGAUUCGUCGUGUUAUUUGUGCAACGUUUUAGAUAACGUCUACCUAUCUCUAUCUAUCUAUAUAACUCUCUACUGUAUACAUGACUCGGAUAAAACAUUCAGACUACAGUUUUUUACAAUACUGUAAUCGAACAUCAACGAACGGAAAAGAAGAUUGUUUAUCAGCAAUAUCCGAACAUAGCAAGAGAAGUCUGCUGCCCUACUCGUUACUUCUUCUUUUUCUUCUUUCCCUCCUCCUGCUCCUUACCUCCACCACCUCCUUUUCCUUCUUCUUCUCCUUCUUCUUCUUCUUCUUCUUCUUCUUCUUCUUCGCGGUACAGUGUUUUACGGCAGAGAGGCGGUUGUUUGAAAUUCUUCUGGCGGAGUCGCGCGUCCGUAUUUAUAGAGCCGCACCGCGUGUCGAGGCGGUACGUAGGGCCGCGCACGCGGAGGCACGCGGAGGUUCACUGAGAGGGUAGAAGAAGAAGAAGAAGUAGAAGAAGAAGGAGAAGUAGAAGAAGAAGGAGAAGAAGAAGAAGAAGAAGAAAAGUAGAAGAAGAAUAAGAAGUAAAAGAAGUAAAAGACGAAGAAGAGGAAGAAGAGGAAGAAGAAAAAAUAAAAGCAGCAAAAGCUUUAAAGAAAGGGAAGAAGAAGAGGAAGAAGAAAAAAAAGAAGAAGAGUAGGAGAAGGAAGAAGAGAAAGAGAAGGAGGAAAAGGAGGAGGAGGAGGAGGAGGAGGAGGAGGAGGAGGAGGAGGAGGGAAAAGACAAAGCGUGCGCGCGACACGUCGCGAUCAUGACGCGAUGCGUCCGCGACGGAAGCACGCGCCCGCUUCGACGACGCGCUCGCCCACCGCGAGAUCCUCCUCACUGUUAUCCUCUUCGUCCUCAGCUAUGAUCAACAGGAUCACGUUCGUUCUACUUCCGUUCUUCCUGGUCGCCUCGAGCUACUCGCUCGAGGAUACUUUGAUUGCGAAUCAGAGUUCUACUGUGACUGUAAAUGACGACGGCUGGAUAGAUUCGAUCAGUCGGGAAACAAUCACGGAGCAAUCUCCAAAAACCGGAUCCUCGAAAUUAUCUUAUUUUACUAAUUGGAGCGAGUGGUCGGUCUGCGAUCGACAUUGUUCACAAAAUCGUGUUAGAAGAUGCAUGACGAAGAGUCAAUGUGGGACCACUGUUCUUAGAGAAGAACGUACUUGCGAGCACAAAAGAAAAGGACGUAGAAGAAGAUGCAAGCAACGUCAACAUCGGGGACGGUGGAAAACGGAUAAAUUUCACGUUGUACAGUUGCCAAAGGAAGCCGCACCUAGACACGGUAAAAGAAGAGGUACCGAUGUCAAGGAUCAAUCUAGCAAUCAUUAUGGGAAAUGGAGCAAAUGGUCUCCAUGCACAAGGUUAUGCACUACGCAACGUCACAGGUGGUGUAGAAAACCUGGCAUCUGUGGUCGCGACGUAAUACGAGAGAGUGCCUAUUGUUACGUCGAGGGUAGCUUUUGCCAAAGAUGGAUACAUCGAAAAAUUCGUGGGAGUCGAGAGGAAGAUAACGAUGACGUGAUACUGGACGAGUACGAAUUGAAUCCAAACGUCGUCGACAGUUUCGUUCCUGAGAAAACUCAGCCAACUUGGAAAUGCGGAGUUGUGAAUCCUCAGAAAAAUUCAAGGCUUUCUUAUUUCACUCGAAUCAUCGGUGGUCGUCCAGUUGUUCCAGGAGCUUGGCCAUGGCAGGUGGCUGUAUUGAAUAAAUUUCAUGAAGCAUUUUGCGGAGGAACUCUGGUCUCUCCGAAAUGGGUCUUGACUGCCGCCCACUGCAUAAGAAAACGCUUGUACGUUCGUAUCGGUGAACACGAUUUAACGGUGAAGGAGGGCACUGAACUGGAGCUCAGGGUGGACUCGGUAGUAAUACAUCCAGAAUACGAUGCUGAUACCGUCGAUAACGACGUUGCUAUGUUACGUCUUCCAGUUAAUUUGACUCCUUCUCCCUCGAGAGGGAUCGCCUGUCUUCCAGCGCCAAAACAACUUUUGCCGACGAAUCAGUUGUGCACCAUUUUAGGUUGGGGCAAGUCCAGAGUGACCGAUGAUUUUGGUACAGACAUUCUUCACGAGGCUAAGAUACCUAUAGUUUCCCCAGAAACUUGCCGACAAGUUUACGUGGACUACAGCAUAACUGACAAUAUGUUUUGUGCCGGUUAUCGUCGUGGAAAAAUGGAUUCCUGUGCGGGUGACAGUGGUGGACCUUUGCUGUGCAGAGAUCCUCGAAAACCCGAUCACAGUUGGACUAUUUUCGGCAUUACCAGUUUCGGGGAAGGUUGUGGCAAACGUGGAAAAUUCGGGAUUUAUGCCAAAUUGCCCAAUUACGUUAGAUGGAUUACGAGAGUCAUGAAACAGGACGAUGAACGUAAUUAAAGACGCCGGUGUACGUACAUCAACGGGUUACAGGACAAUCGCCAUAUAAGGAUGAAACGCGUUCAUAUUCAACGACUUCUGAUCGAAUCGAUUACAAAGUAUUUUAAUUAAAUUUGCACUUUGAGAAGUCCAUCUCUGGAUGCUGCUCCAUGAACCUGAAAACGAUAACAUCAGAUAAGUCGGCAAACCAAGUUCCUUUUGUCUUUGAUCAUACAUCAUCUUCUCGACGAGGCCUCUGGUUUCACCAUCAAGGUCGGACAAUUUACUUGGUUCAGGAUUCACUUUCUUCGUGCUAAUCUCAGGAUCGCAAGUAACCACGUGAGCCCACCAUUGCAUUUUGUUAACCUACGAUCAAGCGAUCGUUUAAGGAUUUUUCUUUGGAAAUUAUAUACGUUGUUUAAUACGAACAAAUUGAAAUUCGAUAAACGAUAAAA